AUGAGGAAGUAAAUAAUUUCAAUCUCUUUAGGAGAAGCCAUUGAAUUAAAAAUGAAAGAUAUAAUGAAGGAAGUGGAAGGGAAAGUGAAAUUUUCAAUGGCGGAUUCGACGAUGAUGUUACUUGUACAACAAGCAAUGGACAAAGCUCACGAAAAGAUCAAAACAAAACACGGUCUCCUCCUCCGCCUCAACGCUAUAUCCCUCUUCUACGAGCUCGCCGUCUUACAGCUCCAGAGCUGUCUUAAUUUCGUGCAACAAGAGACCGAUAACCUCGAGAGCAACCACGAGGAAGUGGUUCGCGAUCUGAGGAAAAUCAAAGACAGGCUUCACCACCGGCUCUUAGAGACGGAGCUAGCUAUUCUCGAGAAAGACAGAGAGCUUUUGGAGAGGUCUGAGAACGAAGCGAGCUUGAGAAACGUUUUGGAGAGUAAAGAGACAGAGCUUGUUCAUUUGCAAGAUCUAGAGAGGAAGAGAAGUAGUUGUAAUGAGAUUGGUGAGGAGUUUUCUGAGCUGAAGAGCUCUGUUGAUCAUCAGGUGAUGAAUCUUAGACAAAAGAUUGAGACGGAGUACGAUGGUUUGGGGAAAGAAGCUGAUGAUCCUUCAGGUGUUGAUAUAGAUGUUUUGAAAGGGACAAUGGAUCUUGCUUUUAACAAGAUGCAUCACGCGAUAUUCUUGUCUGAACUGGGACCCAUUGAGCAGAGUUGGAGAUGGUCUGUAGAGAGGGAGACAAUGGGGUUACUGAUAAAAGGUUUCAUGAGUGGUUUAGAGGAGGAGAAGAAGAGGGUUAUGAUGGUUGUGAGAGAUUAUGAGUUAGGUUUUAAAGAUAGGGUUUGUUUGAUACGUAGAGAGGUGGAAUGUUUAGAGUCUCAGAUUAUUAUUCAAAGAUCAUCAUCAUCUCCUAGAGCAAUAACAACAUCAUCAUCUUCAGUAGAUUGUGAAGUUGUUAAUGAUGAUAAAGAAGAAGAGGGUGAGGGAGAAGAAGAUUCAAGUAACUAUCCUGUUUCUAAGUUGAUAAAGAGUCAUGAAUCAAUCAUAAGGAGGAAGAGUGAAGAGCUUGUUUCUCCUAAGAUUGAGUCUAUUAAACGGCAGAGGAGCUGCAACAGCUCUAGCUCGAAGAGAGCUGUUGAUGAUAUUGUUUCUGGUCUUGAUAGCUUGGUGUGUCUCAACACUAAGAUGUUUGAAUAUUUUUGUUAUGAUGGGGAUGAUGAUAGGUGUGAUGAGCAUGAAGUGGUAAUGGAUGAUGGUUUGGAUGAUGUUUGGAAGAAGAUGCAGAAACAUAGAUCGGUGGCUUGUGAAAAUGAGGUAGAGGAGAAAGAAGAUGUAGAGAUGAAGUUAAUGAUCUUGGAAGAUACUUACUUGACUCUAUUCAGAGGUUUGUUAACAGAUAAUAAAAGGUUGCUUGAGGAACAAGGAAAGAGGGCAUGCUUGGAUACAUCUCUAGUCUUUGAUGAUUUUGAGAUUCUUCGCGAAGAUGAGGAGUUCAGACAACAAGUGGAUUGGAUUAUUGUAAGAGAGUUGCUAAGAGAAGUUUCAGAGAGUGUAGAGAAUCUGGAAAGGGUUAAAGCUGACAAUAAAAGGUUGCUUGAGAAACAAGGAAAGAAGGCAUGCUUGGAUACAUCACCAGUCUUUAAUGAUCUUGAGAUUCUUCGUGAAGAUGAAGAAUUCAGACAAGAAGUGGAUUGGAUUAUUGUAAGAGAGUUGCUGAGAGAAUUUUCAGAGACUGUAGAGAAUCAUGAAAGGAUUGAAGCAGACAAUAAAAGUUUGUUUGAGGAACAAGGAAAGAGGGCAUGCUUGGAUAGAUCUAUAGUGUCUGAUGAUUUUGAAAUUCUUCAUGAAGGUGAAGAGUUCAGACAAGAAAUGGAUUCGACUACUGUAACAGAGUUGCUAAGUGAAGUUUCAGAGACUUUAGAUAAUCAAGAAAGAAUACAAGCAAACAAUAAAAGGUUGCUUGAGAAAGAAGGAAAGAUGGCAUGCUUGGAUACAUCUUUAGCCUUUGAUGAUUUUGAGAUUCUUUGUGAAGAUGGAGUGUUUAGACAAGAAGUGGAUUGGAUUGUUGUAAGAGAAUUGCUAAGAGAAGUUUCAGAGACUGUAGAGAAUCUUGAAAGAAUUGAAGCAGAAAAUAAAAGGUUGCUUGAGGAACAGGGAAAGAGAGCAUGCAUGGUGAUAUCUUUAGUCUUUGAUGAUUUUGAUUUCAAGAUUCAAGAAAGGUUGAAGAUGGCAACUUUAGGGUUACAAAACUUGGGGAAAAAUAUUGAUUCAACGAUGGAUUAUAUGGCAGAGUUAAGACGAAAAGAAUCUGUUUAUAAAACAGCUUUUGUUCUUAGAUGUGAAAAUCUCAUAAAGGCAGAAACUGAGGUUGAUCUUCUGGGGGAUCAAGUGGAUUCUCUUGUGAAGCUUCUCCAGAAAACACUUUGGACAUUCCAUCAACAUCCAUUGCUUCUCUGCAAUCACUCAGAUAUAUCAGAAAUCUGUAAGAUGAUCAAGGAAGUGUUAUACGAGGAUUACAAAGCAAACUAACUUAUAGAAUCAGUUUCUUGCGUUACACUCUUAUUACUAAUCUGCAUGGGGACAGCCGUCCACGAAACAUACAAGGCCACGAGCUAUUCGUCUCCAAGUCAUUCGUCCACAAGACAUCCGUUGACAAAACACCCAUGACCCAUCUACAAAACGUUCGUCAACAACACGCUCAUAUGUCAAAAUUUUCAUCUUCCUCUUUGUUACGCUUUACGCUUUUCUUUCCUAAAGAGAUUGUUAUGUAAAUGUUAGGAUGAAAACACUAUGGAAUCUUCGAAUAUAUGCUUUUUUUUAGAACUAAAAGGAUUAAGUCCGGGUUUAUUAAAGAUACAGACGUAAUCCCCGGGUGGGAAGUGCAACUCACGGAUGGAUCCUCUCCCAAAUAUUCAAAUGGACCGUAAGCAUGGACUCAUAUCCGCGUGACCACCACAUGUGGAACUAAUAAUUUCGCAUUAGAAGGGAAUCGAUCUCUGGUCUGGACCAACAAGGCAACUGUUCUUCUAGUAGAAACCACUAGGCCACCACAAUGUGGUUUAAAAUAUAUGUUAUUUAUGCCAAAAAACCUUAAUUCACAAAAUUUUAAAAUAUAUCGAAUUGGAUAUUAAAUUAUAUAAGCCAAAAGUGUCAUAAAUUAUUAUACCAAUUUUUUGUAUGUUUCUUAUAAAAUGAGAAAUUUGUAGAAAAAUACAUAACGAUGUUAUUUUAUU